GCUAGGAGCCCAAACGGCGGCGGCGCUCAGCCUCAAAGCGGCUUAGCGCGCGCACACAUUUCAUCAUUCCCCGCUCCUUCUACUUUUAUUAUAGUUAAGAGAUCCGAGCAGCUCAGAGCUCAGCUUGAGAGAUCGGAGGUCCCACUGCGAGGGUGUGUGUGUAUGUGUGUGUGUGUGUGUGUGUGCGUGCGCGUGGUCGGGUGUGCAUGCGUGUGCGUGUUUGGGUUUUGUUUGAGGGGAAGAGACCAGCGCCUGUUUAUUUGAGCAAAGUGUUUUAACACGAGGACGCAUCGCUCCGUCCUCUGGAAAAGGAGACCAAAGCAUGAAGGGAGCGGAGGGGUUUUACAGACCGAAGAUGCUUCUCUUGAUCACGGUAGUGAUGAUCGCACCGGGAAAAGGUUUAUUCAUGGAUGGGAAGAUGGCAGUCACUCAAAGAGGACAGUCUCUAGACUCAGAUGACAAAAAUGGUGCGUUCCACGGUACACCAGAUACAGGCAGAGAACGUCCAUUGGUCACUACAGCUCCGCCUUUCACCGACCUUAACCACCACUUUCAAUUCAAAACUAUUUCUCAAUCUGAUCCACGCUAUCAGAGCCAGGAAAUGUUCAAAGACAGCAGAGAGAUGGACCAUCAUCUCUUCAAGGCUCUCUUGGCUCAACCGGUUCCACAUGAGGAUGCAGCGCCGUUCUCCGAUGUGGCUACGGGGACUUUCUCUGCACACAAUGCCAAGCUCACUGCUGAGAGCCUGAAGCGGAGUGAAGCUGCUGGAGAAACCCAGAGCCAGAGCUUCGCGGAACUAUCCACAGAAUCACUGACCACCAGUAUCGUGCCAACUUCUGCUCCACCUCCCUGCAACACAGCUCCUGGAGAACAGGCAGGACAUCCCCAUGCAGCAACCACUCAACAGUCUGAGGGUGUUACGACUCUGGUGAUGAGAGAAGAAGAGGAAAUAUCAAAGACUAGAGAGAGACACAAGCAUCCUAACAGUGAAGCAAGCGCAGUGACAUUGUCUGUAUCUGGGGAUCAGGAUGAUGAAACGACCACAACUACUAUUUUCACCACCACUAUUAUUACCACAAUACAGACUCCAGCUCCGUGCAGCAUCAAUUUCACGGCACCAGGGGGCUAUAUAGAGACACCACCACAGGGCAGCUGUGACUAUUCCACCUUUGACUGCACCUACACUGUGUCUGUCUACAUGGGUUACGGAGUGGAGAUUCAGGUGAUGAAUGUGAGUUUGGCUGAAGGGGACUCCGUGAGGUUUGAGGAUCUGGGAGGCCGUGAGCCGUCAGUGCUGGCUAAUGAGUCCAUCCUGAUGAAGGGCUUGGUGGUGCGCAGCUACAGCAACCAGAUCUCCGUCCACUUCCACAGCCGGAGACCCUGCCACAGCUCCUUCCUCUUACUCUACCAAGCGUUUGUCCUGAGCUGUAAUUUCCCUGAGCGGCCAGCCUACGGUGAUGUAACGGUCAGCAGUCUGCACGCAGGUGGAGAAGCUUAUUUCUACUGCUUUACUGGCUACCAGCUUCAGGGCCCCUCAACCCUCACAUGCCUCAAUGCUACAACUCCACACUGGAAUGGAAAAGAACCCAGGUGUCUCGCAGCCUGCGGUGGACUGAUAAAGAACGCCACACUCGGCCGCAUCGUGUCUCCUGGUUUCCCCAGUAACUACAGCAACAAUCUGACAUGCCACUGGGUGCUGGAAGCUCCAGAAGGACAGCGGCUACAUGUUCACUUUGAGAAGGUGGCGCUUGCCGAGGAUGAUGACAGGUUACUCAUCAAAAACGGGAACAACAUUGACUCCACGACACUCUAUGAUUCUUAUGAAGUGGAAUAUUUACCCAACGAGGGCAUCGUCAGCACUUCUAGAUACCUUUUUAUUGAGUUCACCACCGACGGUUCAGGCACCAACACAGGAGCCGCAAUCAGAUAUGAAGCUUUCGCACCAGGCCAUUGUUAUGAGCCUUUCGUCAAGUACGGCAACUUCACCAGCAGUGACAACACCUAUGCCGUGGGUGCAGUGGUAGAGUUCAGCUGCAAUUCCGGAUACACGCUGGAGCAAGGCUCAGUUAUCAUCGAGUGCAUGGACCCCAAAAACCCACAGUGGAACGAGACUGAGCCUGCCUGCCGAGCGGUGUGUAGUGGGGAGAUCACUGAUUCAGCUGGAGUGGUGCUGUCUCCAAACUGGCCUGAAGCGUAUGAUAAAGGCCAGGACUGCAUCUGGGGUAUCCAUGUGGAGGAGGACAAGCGGAUCAUGCUGGACAUCCAAGUCCUCCACAUGGGAACGAAUGACCUGCUGACAUUCUAUGAUGGAGACGACCUGACUGCUAAGGCACUGGGUCAGUACAGUGGCUCACGACCACGUUUCAAGCUCUACACAUCUACAGCUGACGUCACCAUCCAGUUUCAGUCUGAUCCCGCCACUAAUGUUUACGGCUACAACAAUGGUUUUGUGGUGCACUUUUUCGAGGUUCCUCGUAACGACACGUGUCCAGAGCUUCCUGAGAUCACUAAUGGCUGGAAGACGACUUCUCACCCUGAGCUGGUGCAUGGUACAGUAGUAAACUAUCAGUGUUACCCAGGCUUCGAAGUGGUGGGCACCGAAAUGCUCAUGUGCCAGUGGGACUUGACAUGGAGUGGAGACCUGCCUACCUGUGAGAGAGUGCUGUCAUGCCCAGACCCUGGUAUGGUAGAGCACAGCCACAGGGUGAUGUCAGGUCCUCGACUGAUUGUAGGCUCCACAGUGCAGUACAUCUGCAACAAGGGCUACUCUCUGUCUGGAAACAGUCUCCUUUCCUGUUACAAGCGCGAUUCCACAGGACCCAAGUGGAGUGAGAAACCACCCAGAUGCAUCCCUGAUACAUAUGAAGCCUGUAGGAACCCUGGAAUCCCAGCAUUUGGUGUCCAGAUAUCAGAGAAGCAGUUCUACCAACCCGGAGAGGUAUUGCACUUCUCCUGCCGGACUGGAUACAAGCUCAUUGGAGAGGCGAAUAUUCGCUGUGUCCCCAGUCACCCAUCAAAGUGGAGUCAACCGCCUCCGGUGUGCAAAGCAGCAGUACUGGAGUAUGUAAAUGAGCGCAGGCUUGAUGUUGCCAGAACAGACUUCAGCAUGGAAGGAGCCAAUGUGGUUUUUGCCAUCUUCAUCCCUGUAGCUAUAAUUAUGUUAAUCGUCGUGUCCAUAUACUUCUAUAUUUCGAGGGUGCAAGGGAAGACGUUUCGAUUGCCCAUGUCUGCAUCGCCACAGUAUGACCAGAUCAGAGGCGAGACAGCCUUUGAAAACCCCAUCUACGAGACAGCAAGAGUGAUCAUUGCGCCCAGACACCAGCGCUUCUUCCCUAUAGGAUACUGUUGUAAUGAGAAAGCCUGUAAGGAGAGUUGAUCGGUGGAAUAGCACUGUUUGGAGCAAAGCAGGUCGGAACCAUAGGACACAAGAGAGUAUGAAGUCUCCAUUUAGACAUACUGCUUAUGUCCACACUGAGGACCUUAAGCCUUUCUUUGCCUUGUGGAGGUUCCCCAGCACCUUUCGCCUGCUUUCUGACCUCCUCUUAUCCUCAUCUCGCCCUUCUCGUCCCCACCUUUCCUCUUCUGGUCAGGUGUAAAUAUCCUGUUUGUCAAAGAAUUUCCACAUGUACUGCAGAGAGUGUGGAGAAUAUGAUCUUAUUUUUGUAGAGAUUCAAUAUCAGUGGUCUAGCAGCAGUGCUUUUACAGGUUUUAUCCAGUUGUGGAGCAAAGAGCUGGAGAUAAAUCUACCAAAAUGAAAGACUAGCUGCAUCCCAAAGUCUAGGCUGCAGCUUAGGCAGGUUUCUUUCAAUGAUUUAGUCACAUGAAAUGAGAAGAAAAGGCACAAACAUAGGCCACAUGGGUACAGCAUGGGAGAUACUCCACACGUACAGUCGUGGAACGAAACACUUUGCAUUUAAAUGUGCUGAACUACGUCUGUUUUACUUUAGCUGACCAUUCCAUUCUAUUCUAUUAAUAUUAAACCAUGAUAUAAGGACAGAACAAUUACCCAUCUUCUCAUUUUUUUUAAAAAUAAAAACACUUAGAUAAAUUAGAUAUUAAAUUAGAUAUUACAUACUUGUGUCUUUUUGGCAUUUUUCUCAAAUUUCAGACUGCCACAAAGACUGCUGCAUACACAAGUUGCAUUUCUGUAUAGAUUGCAGCCUAGACUUCGACAUGCACCUACUGUCAUCAAUCAGUUGAUGUCUCUCUAUAAUGAGUUUUUAAUUUAUUUGUUACUAUGAUUCAUUUAAGUGUACUAGUCGUCUUCAUAAUCGCAGAGAGUUUCGCAGUUUUCCAUUUAUGAAUGUGACAAUAGAUCAGUCAAUCUGAUUAUGGUACACAAAUGUUAUUUUGGGGGAAAAAAAUAAACGAUCACAUUGAUUAUUGUAUGUCUGUCUCUCACACACACACACACACACACACACACACUUUACACACACACACAUACUUUUGUCAAAUAAAUUUGUGCAUGUUUUAUA